AUGCAACAUCCAAUUGAUGCACUAAAAAUCAAAGGAUUUCAAGUGAAACAUGUUAAAACAGAGAACGAAUGUAUAACAGAACUUGCUUCAAAUUGUUAUCAAAUUGCAUGGAUUAUUAGUACAAAUGAAAUUCAAAAUCCAAAAUUUAUUUCAUCUCUAAUAAAAUUCCAUUCGUCUGCUGGUGCAAUCUUUUUAUUUGCUGAUAAUACACCUUUGGUAUGUCAUGCAUCUGAAUUUCUUAAAGCAAAAUUUGGUAUAACUGUUGAGGGUGAUUAUUAUGGUGAUAAAACAUUGACGUACAAAGAAAAUGGUCAUCAACAAACAGGACAUUUUGGUGAACAUGAAAUUUUUACUGGAAUCACCAAUUUAUAUGAAGGUAUUACCAUAUGUCAUCCAGUAUAUUCAACAGCAGCAAGUCGCGAAGUAUUCACCACUAUAGCAACAUCUAGCGAUGGAAAUUCUAGUAUUGCUGUGUAUGAUCCACCUUCAACGUCAACAGAAGGGCGGUUAUGUUUAGAUUGUGGUUUUACGAAACUCUGGUAUAAAUGGGAUUCAGCAGGUACAGCUCGUUACAUUGUUAACGCUAGUUGUUGGCUUUUGGGAAUAAAAAACUUUUAA